AUGUACCUGGGACAAGAAGUCGUGAUCUCGUUCUCGCUUGGUGCCCUUUCCUUUUUGUUGUUUUGUUUCCUGAGGCCGAGGUGGAGUGGUAUAUACGCUGCGCGGGUGAAGUCGACAACGAUUGCGGCGAAGCUCCCGGCGUUACCGGAUACCCUGUUCAGCUGGAUCCUGACAUUAUGGCGUAUCACCGACGAGCAAAUCCUCGACAGUGCAGGAUUGGAUGCUUUUGUCUUCCUCGGCUUCUUCAAAAUGUCCGUCAAAUUCCUCGCCGUGGCAGCAUUCAUCGGCAUGGCCGUCGUAGCCCCCGUGAAAUCUCAUUUUACCGGAACCUGGCAAAACAUCGAUAAACCAAACUCCACCUCUCCCGAUGACGGCUCCGACUCGGACAUGUUUCAAUUCUACACCUCCACGACGCUCGGUGCGCAGUCGUUUAAGGGGCAUAAAGAUGUCAGCUUGGAGAAGGAAAAGGCGUAUUUGUGGAUGUAUGCUGUGUUUGUGUAUCUUUUCUCGGCAUUGGCGGCGUACUUUCUCAUCGACCAGAAUAAGCGGUUUAUCAGCAUUCGACAAUCCUACCUCGGUUCACAAUCAACUGUCACCGACCGUACCAUCAAACUGUCUGGUAUCCCGCGGGAACUGAGAUCAGAGGAGGCGAUAACGAAGUUGUUCCACGAUUUGAAGCUGGGUGCGGUGGAGAGCGUCACCAUCUGCAGGAAAUGGAAGGAGGUGGAUCAGUUGAUGGAGGAGAGGAUGAAAGUUAUGCGGAAAUUGGAGGAAUGUUACAGUGUAUGGAAAGGACGUGAGAAAGGACGGGUCGUACGAAGGGAUUUGGAGACGUUACCACUCGUUCAACCGGACCCGUCCGUCAUACCUCGACGACGAUCCGACUCCACCGCUCCCCUCCUCUCGGCCGACUCCGCAACAACAGCCACCGAUCUCGAAGCAUCCGUCAACACCAACCGGCGCCGCACCAACCAACGACCAAGAAUAAAGUUGGGUUUGUGGUCCCUCUUCGGCAAAGCCGUCGACGCGAUCGACCACUACACCGCCCACCUCCACCGCCUCGACUCCCGCAUCGCCGCUGCCCGCUCCCGAGCAUACCCCGCCACACCCCUCGCCUUUGUCACAUUCACAAAAGUUUCCUCAGCCCAAGUCGCCGCACAAUCUGUUUUAGACGGGAACCCCCUCCGCCUCCACGCCUCCCUCGCUCCCGCUCCGGGGGACGUAGCAUGGUCUAACACCUACCUCUCUCGCCGCGAACGCCUGGUUCGGAAUUGGAGCAUUACACUACUUAUCGCGUUUUUCGUGGUUUUCUGGGUGUUCCCUGUGUCGGGUAUUGCGACGUUGUUGAAUGAGAAGACGUUACGGAAGUUUUUUCCGGCGGUGGCGGAUUUGUUGGAUGGGAGUCGGGUUGGGAGUGCGCUUGUUCAGGGUUUCUUGCCGACGUUGGCGUUUACAAUAUUUAACGGACUCGUGCCGUUCUUUUUUGAUUGGGUUAGUGGCAUGCAGGGAUAUAUCAGUGCUGGGGAUGUGGAGUUGGCUGUUAUAUCGAAGCACUACUUCUUCCUCUUUUUCAACUUCUUUUUGGUAUUUACGGUUGCGGGGACUGCCUCGAACUUUUACGCCAUUGCGAAGGAUACGACAAAGUUCGCAUACCUCCUCGCACAAUCCUUGCCGAAUCUUGGGCCUUUCUACGUCAACUUUAUCGUACUACAAGGCAUCGGCAUGUUCCCUUUCCGCCUCCUCGAAUUUGGCUCCGUCGCCCUCUUCCCCAUCUACAAAAUCGGCUGCAAAACCCCCCGCGACCUGAACGAACUCAAACAACCCCCCACCUUCAACUACGGCUUCUUCCUCCCUCAACCAAUCCUAAUCCUCGUCAUCUCGCUUGUGUAUUCGAUUAUGAAUCCACUUGUAUUGGUGUUUGCGUUGAUUUAUUUCAUCCUUGGGUUGAUGGUGUACAAGUACCAGUUGUUGUAUGCUAUGGAUCAUCCGCAGCAUUCGACGGGAAAGGCGAUUAGUUUGAUUUUUAGUCGGGUUGUUAUUGGGAUGAUUUUGUUUCAGGUGACGAUGAUUGGUAUUCUACUGCUGCAAGGAGCGUUUACGAUUUCGGUCUUGUUACUCCCGGCACCGGUUGCGACGCUGAUUAUGGCGUAUAAUGUCCAUAAGACGUUUUACCCGCAAACGAACUAUAUUGCUCUUCGAUCUAUUCAGGAAAAUAUUCAGCAUGAACACCACCUUCGUCGUCGGCGUAGCAGGACACUGGAUGAGGAGCGUGAGUCUGGGCAGGAGUAUGUUCACCCACAUCUACGGGGUGAUCUUGAAGGCGUGUGGGUUGCGAGAGGGAGGGUCGCGUAUCAUGAUCUUGACAACGAAGAUGAAGGUCAUGCUCAGUAG